UUCGGAGCGGAAUUCAUUGGGCUGCAGCGCCGUUCUCAACAUGCCGAGCGCCUCGUUCACGGCCUCCCGGUCGUGCGUGCGACGAUCCCGGAGGAAAGGCGCCAACCGGAUACCGACGCCGUCGAGGACGACCUCCGCUGAACCGUGCGAGCCCUCCUGCCCGAUUCCGAUCCUAAACCAGAACAUUCCAGCGCCGCUUGCGCCUGGCGGCAGCGGGCCGUCGUCGGCUGUCGCGCCCAGCACCAGCACCAGCAGCACCGUGCCCGCCCACCACUCGCCCUACGACCUCCGCCGCAAAUCACCCUCGCAUCAUGAGGGCGGUCCGAGCACCAGCGCAGCCACCGCCGGCUCGCCGACAUCGCCCGCCACGCCGACGGCACCCGCACAAGUUUGCUACGCGUCGGCGAUGUUACCAGCCAGGAAACGGCCUCGGCGGACGUGUUCAACCUCCUAUGAAAAUUGCGCCCCCACAGCUGCACACUACUUACAAUACGAACUUCCCGACGAAGUAUUGCUCACUAUUUUUAACUACUUGCUGGAGUUGGACCUGUGCAGAGUUAGUCAAGUCUGCAAACGCUUUCAAAUGAUCGCCAACGACACGGAGAUCUGGAAGCGGCUGUAUCAGAGCGUGUACGAGUACGACCUUCCGCUUUUUAAUCCGGCGCCGUGCCGCUUUGAGUUUGUUAGUCCCGAGGAGUCAGAUCUGGCGAAUCCGUGGAAAGAGUCGUUUAGGCAGCUGUAUCGCGGCAUUCACGUCAGACCUGGCUAUCAGGAUCUCACGUUUAAAGGACGUAACUUGUGUUAUUUUAAUACAGUACAAGGUGCAUUAGAUUAUGCAGAUGAACGUAGUGGAAGUAAUAGUACAACCGGAUCGGGUGGUUCAUGUGCCAGUAGUCACACAGGUGAAGCUUCCAGUCAAGGGGCGCUCAUCUUCCUACACGCUGGGACUUAUCGCGGCGAAUUUUUAGUUAUAGAUUCAGACAUUUCACUGAUAGGUGCCGCUCCUGGUAAUGUGGCAGAGUCGGUAAUACUAGAGCGCGAAUCAGAAUCGACCGUGAUGUUCGUUGAGGGCGCGAAACAGGCGUACGCCGGUCAUUUGACACUGAAGUUUUCGCCCGAUGUGACCUCGACGGUGCCCCAUCACAAGCACUAUUGCUUGGAGGUAGGCGAGAAUUGCAGUCCGACGGUGGAUCAUUGUAUAAUUCGAAGCACGUCUGUCGUCGGUGCGGCUGUUUGUGUGAGCGGCGUGAGUGCGAAUCCAGUCAUUAGACAUUGUGACAUAUCCGAUUGUGAAAACGUGGGUUUAUACGUAACCGACUACGCGCAGGGCACCUACGAGGAUAACGAAAUCAGCCGGAAUGCCCUGGCGGGCAUCUGGGUAAAGAAUUAUGCGAAUCCGAUCAUGCGUCGGAAUCACAUCCACCACGGCAGGGACGUGGGUAUUUUCACAUUCGACAAUGGAUUGGGGUAUUUUGAGGCGAAUGAUAUUCACAAUAACCGUAUCGCCGGUUUUGAGGUGAAAGCCGGCGCCAACCCUACCGUCGUUCACUGCGAGAUCCACCACGGCCAGACAGGCGGCAUCUAUGUGCACGAAAAUGGGCUCGGCCAGUUCAUCGACAACAAGAUCCACUCGAACAACUUCGCCGGCGUGUGGAUCACCUCCAACAGCAACCCCACGAUUCGCCGCAACGAGAUCUACAACGGUCACCAGGGCGGCGUGUACAUCUUCGGCGAAGGGCGCGGUCUGAUUGAGCACAAUAACAUUUACGGCAAUGCACUCGCGGGUAUACAAAUCCGGACUAACAGUGAUCCGAUCGUGCGCCAUAAUAAGAUCCACCACGGUCAACAUGGUGGCAUCUAUGUUCAUGAAAAGGGCCAGGGUCUGAUUGAAGAGAACGAAGUGUAUGCGAACACACUAGCGGGUGUGUGGAUCACAACGGGUAGCACGCCGGUGCUGCGCCGUAAUCGUAUCCACUCCGGCAAGCAGGUCGGUGUCUAUUUCUAUGACAACGGACACGGCAAACUGGAAGACAACGAUAUAUUUAAUCAUUUGUAUUCGGGCGUGCAAAUUCGCACCGGAAGCAAUCCGGUUAUUCGCGGUAAUAAAAUCUGGGGCGGGCAGAAUGGCGGCGUGCUGGUGUACAACGGCGGGUUGGGUUUGCUGGAACAGAAUGAGAUUUUUGACAAUGCGAUGGCGGGCGUAUGGAUUAAAACCGAUUCAAAUCCGACUUUAAAGCGCAAUAAAAUAUUCGACGGUCGAGACGGCGGCAUUUGCAUUUUUAAUGGCGGUAAAGGAAUACUGGAGGAGAACGAUAUAUUUCGAAAUGCUCAGGCCGGUGUGCUCAUUUCGACGCAGAGCCACCCUAUACUGCGGCGGAAUCGAAUAUUCGACGGGCUGGCGGCCGGCGUGGAGAUCACCAACAACGCCACUGCAACCUUAGAGUUUAAUCAAAUCUUUAACAAUCGGUUCGGUGGUUUGUGUUUGGCUAGUGGCGUGCAGCCAAUCGUGCGCGGCAACAAGAUCUUCAACAAUCAGGACGCCGUCGAGAAGGCCGUGGCAAACGGCCAGUGUUUGUACAAAAUCUCAAGUUAUACGUCCUUUCCAAUGCACGACUUUUAUCGAUGUCAGACCUGCAACACGACGGACCGCAAUGCGAUCUGCGUCAACUGUAUCAAAACUUGCCAUGCGGGGCAUGACGUUGAGUUCAUCAGACAUGAUAGAUUUUUCUGUGAUUGUGGUGCAGGCACGCUAACGAAUCAGUGUCAGCUGCAAGGCGAACCCACUCAGGACACGGACACGCUGUACGAUUCGGCGGCGCCGAUGGAAUCUCAUACGCUCAUGGUGAAUUAGUGACCGAUCAAUCAAAAUAGCAACACAACACAUUGUGUUCAAUUAUGUAGAAGAACGAUAUGGAUGUCAACGAGACGUUUUAGUUUGUGCAGUAUUUUGCAAUAUUUGAGAGUGGUUUGUGUGCCAGAAGAGGAACAACUCGCAAUCGUAGUUUUAAAAAAAGGAUGUUCAUUUUUUAUAAUUUCGUGUUGUGACUUUGUGUGUAUUUUGUGACGGGACGCUCGCGGAGAAGCACCACUGGAUUCGUUGAUUGUUGUUGUUUAUAAUUAAGUUAUCGCUUAGCAAUAUAUUUCACCGACUGAUUUGCGUAUGUAAAAGCUGCAUACACACGAGAGGAUGACAAGACGCGAGAGGAAAAGAGAAAUUUACGAACCGCUGCGAUUCGUAGACGUAUAAAGAUGUUCUCUACUGACAAUCAUCAACGCAAUGGCUUCCACUACUACAAAAUUCGUGCGCGAUUAUGUUUUAUGUUGCUAGCUGCUGAUAACGACUUAUGUUUUCUAUUUUCAGAAAUCGAAUUAUUGUUUUGUGUCAGACACGAAAAAUUGAUUGUUAUUUUAUUUGUUGAUGCGAUCACAAACAAGCAGCUGAAGACGGCAAUGAAACUAAGUUGGAUGUAAUCGUGCACUUUACAACAGCUUUAAUUUUUUAUACAUAGACAUUAAUUAUUAUCUUUUUAAUGCGAUAACUAUUGGCGUACUUGUGCUGUGUCGACGAUUUAUCUUCAUUCCACACACUCCCAACAUCAGACCAAUUGCUGGUGAUAUUUAUUUCUAUGUUAGAAUACAACAAUUCGUUACAAGCAGGAGUGAAAAAGAGAGAGUGAUGAUGGCACUAACGUUUUCUUUUCUUACAUGGCACUAACGUUUUUGAUUGUUGCAUAAUUACUCGAUAGUGUUUACUUUAGUGUACUUUGCUAUUUAUUUUUAUUUCGUAUCUCUAUUUUGUUGCGAGUGAGAAUGGUCGAAAGCCAGACGCAAUUGUCAGCAGAAAAUGGAAAUCGCGCGAACAAUUUAACUUUACAGAGUGUGAUAGUUCUUAUGUGAGUAAGUUAGAACGUGUUUCUUCUUCUCUUUUUGAUAAAACAAUUGAUAGAGUAUGGAACUGUAUUGAUAAAUCAGUAUUGUUUAAGUGAAGACAAAACAAAUUUAUUGCUUAGAGGGCGGGAGGAAAACUAAAACCACAAACAAAAAUAUUUAUGCGUGUUGUUGCAUUUUGUACAUAGUUAAAUAAUAAAAUGUCGGAACACCCCUGAUACACGAGUGGUAACAAUAAGACACCGAACCAAAUGCACUCAGAAAUGCUUCAUCAUACAAAACAAAUGCAGACAAAAAUCUUAUCGAUAGACGUGUGUAUAGAAAUAUGUAAUUAUCAAAUGAAACAGGUGCCAUAUACACUCAAAUUGCCUAAACUAUAUUAUACAUACAUACGAUACACGCAUCAUCAAGUGCGGAAGCAGCAUUAUAUAAACCUGUUUUGUAUUGUGUAAUUUUCUUCUUCAUGAUUCAACGGAAUGCGACUGACCGAGCGUGUCUUUAUUGUUGUACUGUAAUAAAGCAAUAGUCUUGCCUCGAAGAUGCACGUGACGGCCUCAAGCCGCAACUGCAAAGAAUUUCGUCUUUAAUUUAGAAUCGACACACACAUACCGCACACACACACAUGUAUGAUUGCCUUUGACACAAGAAGUGAAGCAAAUUAAGAUGAUCAUUAUUGGCGCCUGCUGAUUUUAUUUAAAUGAUGUGACUAUUUUUGAAAUAGAGGCGACGGUAGAAAAAAAGACGUUUGCAAAUCGUAGGAUGAGUGUGUUGGAAAAGAAAUAACAUAAUUUAAUAAAAAUGAUCAAUAUUGCGACUGAUGAAUAGUCUACUACAUACAAUUAACUAUAACGAUGUAUAUCAAAUGUUUGUAAAAUAUUGUCCUUUUCUAUUAAUUAAUGAAAUUAAUUAACUACGCGAUUAUAUUAUAAAUAAUGCAUAAUACUAAUUCUAAAGUUAAGGCUCUUAAUCUUAGGCGACGUCUUGUAUGGACCUAUUAUAAAUACACGUGAAAUGCAAGCGGACAUGUAAAGAGGCGAAAAGCUGAGGGGGAACACGUAAUACUUGAAAAUUUGAUGAGAAAUUAUUAUUGCAAUAUGACGAGUUGAGGUGAGCGAGGCGAGGUAAAUGUCAGCCUUGUAGAUCAAUUCUGACGAGUGUCGUUUAAUAGUUAGCUAGCACCGUAUUGUACUGUGUACAUUAUAUAUAAAAUAUAUGGCUAAAUAUUUCA